AGUGAUAGAGUUGGGAACUCAAAGCCCAUUGGAAGAACUUACGUUGCUACAGCUGCAAACAAAUAUAUACUACUAAUCUCUCUCAAUUUAGGCAUUUUUGAGCCCCCUUACUUCAACUUCAGGAUUUUCAAUCUCUCUCUCUCUCCCUAAUGGCAACAACGACAGCACCUAAAGUCGAAAACCCUAAAACCACUACAGAUCUCAAUUUAGCGCCAUCGCCCGCUGAGGACGCCUCAUCGGCUCAGCAACUCUCAGAACUUUCUAGCGGCGGAGGCGUCGAAACGAAAGGGACACCGGAUGCAGCGGCUGUGAAAACCAGCGAUGUAGAUGAAGGCGGUGCGGCCACAGAUAUUCAGAAGAAGAUGAAGCGAGCGGAGCGGUUCGGGAUGCCGAUAACUCUUUCGGAAGAGGAGAAGCGCAAUUCUCGUGCAGAGAGGUUUGGUACAGCUUCUGCUGCUGAUGGAGUGGAUUCAACAAAGCAAUCAGAAGAUCUGAAAAGGAAGGCUAGAGCAGAGAGGUUCGGGAUUGCAAAAUCUGUAUCAGCUGAUGAGGAAGCUAAGAAAAAAGCUAGACUUGCUAGGUUUGGGUCAACUCCUGUGACGGAUCCAGCAGAGGAAGAUAAAAAGAAAGCUAGGGCACUCAGAUUUUCGCAGCCUCAGUCUAGUCCAAAGGCAAAUGGAGAAGGGAAUAUUGAGGUGAAGACAGCAAUAUCUGGCAAGGCUGGUGGAGGAACCUAAAUAAACCUUGGUCUAUAAGCUCUAGAUGGCUAGGUUAGAGUAACUUCUUGAACUCCCUUGUUGCCCUCUUGCUGACAACCUGACAUGAACACCCGUUUGCAUAAUCAUCUGUGAUUUACAAGCGAUUUUUGUUUUAUGUAAUUUGGACUUCUUUAGUUGUGGGUUUCCUGGUGAUGCCUGCGACAAUCAACAGCCACCUCCUCUAUAUCAGUGCUUCUGAAUCGGCAUGCCAACCAUUUCAAAAAUUAAAUGCAUCAAAAAGGUCUUUAAGAGUCUUGUUUAAGAUGUGUGUAGCUCUGUGUAAUGUGUUGCUGCUUUUUUCUUAUUCUUACAUGCUUCUUGUUGACCGACUGCUAACAUUGAUGUUCAUGAUAACUUUUGUAUGAACUGGAUUAACAAAUAUUGGUUCAACAGUUUGUACCCGUAAUUUGUGGUCUGGUUGGUGCAUGAGAAGUCUUCUGUUAGGUUUCGUUAUAAUGUGUUAUCCAAUAAUAUACCUCCUGAAGUCACUGUGCCUGUAAUCUACUAUAUGCCAACCUGUGGCUUGCUUCUGUGGAAGUGUCUGAUAAAGUCUUGAAUGAUGAUUUGAGUUUCAAAUAGUUGCUGUUUAGAGAUUUUUAGAUCAUUUUCAACUUUUGAUAAGGUUAAAUGCUGGUUUACUCAACAGCUGUUUAAAAUCACCACCCUUUUCUUCAUUUGAAGUUAUUUUGAGAUGAUUGCAUAUGUUUAGGAUUUUGUGCAGUUUUUUUUUUUUUUUUUUCAGAAAAUUCUUGAAGUAUGUGAUCUGAUAGAUUUACUGGUAAGAUCUCUUCAAAGUGGUUUUAAAUCUUCUAGUUUGUUUGAUAAUUUUGGUAGGUUUUUUUCUUGAUUUGCAUGGUAGUUAAUUAUUUUCUUAUGAUAUGGUGUUUUCGAAAUGGUUGGCCCGUCCUUUGAAAUGAAAUGCCGGUCAGGAGGUGGUUUGUGGUUGUCGACUGCUUAUGGCUACGCCAGGCAAAUCAGCUAGGCUUCUUUGAUGUGCAGGAAUUAGUUGCUGCAUCUACUUGCAAUGCUAGCCAGGUUUAUUUUGUUUGUAGGUAGAAAUUCCUAAUUAGCAAUGCAAGUUAGCAUGGAAUGCUUUGGUAAAAUUUGUAAUAGUUUGGUUGAUCGGCCAGAGGGAAGUUACCAGUUUUUUUAUGCUAUUUGUUUCUAUUC